AUGUGAACCUUUGAUCUAAUAAACUAUCAAUGGACUAUGAUCAAGCAAAAAGGACGAAUUCCUUCAGUGAGAUCCCGUUUUGCUUAUACACGAUAUAAUGAUAAGAAUGAUAGCAACAAAUUAAAAUUUGCGAUUUAUGGAGGUACUUUAACAACUGGAGCUGAUAAUAAUUUGUAUAUGUAAUGAAUAAAUAGAUUUCAUGUCGGGAAUUUAACUUGAUCAAAAGCAAGCUCAGAAGGGGUUUCAGUCCCGAAACUAAAUUCUCCAACAAUUCAUUACUGAGAUGGAUUUAUAUAUUUAGUAGGUGGGCAAGGACAACAUGGCACUAUAUAUGAGUUCAAUCAAGAGUUUUUCAGAUAUGAUUUGACCAAUAAUAAAUGAGAAAAUAUUACAAAUUACAGUAAUACAUAUGAUUAUAGGUAUCUCACUGGAAGUACAGUAUAUAAUAAUGAGUUUUAUUUAUUAUUUGGAUGGUCUGAUAUCACAGGCAAGGAUGUAGAAAAUAUUAUGAAAGUAAAUUUAUUAGAUUCCACUUAUAAAUGAUCUAAAACAACUAUAGCCAAAGAUGAAAAUUGAAGCAUGAUCCCAAGAGAUUCAUAUGCGUUUGCUAUUGACAAUGAAAUUGUUUACUUAUUUGGAGGAUUUAGUUCAACAGCUAGUGUAGCAAUCAUGAACAGCUUAAUACAAUUUAAUUUAACCAAAUCAGAGCUUACCUAUACAAUUAUAAAUAAAUAAAUUACGAUAUGUAUUUAAGGUCCCUACUUCCAUGCGUGACAUUCCUCCGCGCUCCGUGAGGAACCGUGCUGGCACGAGCGAAAAGGAUGGACUUCCAUCACUGGUUCUCUGAGCCCAGGCCGAAACCCCUGGUUUCUCGGUAGUGGGUUGCCCUAUUGGGUCGUCAGCCGACCGUCGCCGAGCACCACCAUUUCCAACUCAGCCUUCCGCCCCGAGUUACGCCAGUCUUUGUCUCCGGUUGGCCAGGCCGUCCUUCUUUUAAGGACCCUUUUAAACUGGAGAGACCGCCUUGUUGUCUAAUCUGCCUCCCUUUUUCCCAGCUUAUCCGCUUGAGAAAAUUUCAAUCGCUUCCGCGAUUCGGGGCAGACCACAGCAGCAGCCUGAGCAGGUAAGUCGCCCUGCUCCAUUUCGGGCACCCACUGGCUUGGGCGCUGCUGGAAAAAGAAGAUGCUCCUAACUGCCCUAGGAUCUGGCCACGAUCAGCGGGUCUGUGUUUCUCCCCUGGUCGCCACCAGGGUCCAGAUAUUGCUGGGCUAAGUCGCUUCUCCUGAAAACCAUGCCCGGAUAUACAUGGGUUACCGUCACUGGGAGGACGGGUCGGACGCCAUACGCCAUUUUAUGUAUAUAUCUAUACAAUUAUAAAUAAAGAGUUUAAGAGUCCAAGCCCAAGAAAAAGCCACUCUUUAUGUGCUGCUCAAGCGAAAUUAUUUUUAUUCGGAGGACAAAAUGGGGAUACUUAUUAUAACGACUUAUGAGUUUUUGAUCCUGAUAAUCCUUAUUCCUGGAGCUCAAUUAUGACAGCAGGUAAUCCACCAUCAGCAAGAGCUGGUCAUGCAUUUGAUUCUCAAGGAGAUAUUGUAGUUAUUUUUGGAGGUUCUGAUGGAAAUUCAUACUUAAAUGAUUUAUAUUAUCUAAACCUUAUAACGAAUACAUGAAAUAAAGUUACCCCAAGCUCUACAAAUUUACCAUCAGGUAGGACAGAAGCUUGUAUGCAAAUGUUUUUGCCUUACUCCCCUUUAAAUUAAAAAUGUUAUUAGCAAAAAUAAUAGUUUGAUAAAUAGAGAAUUUUGGAUCACAGCUAUUAUAAUAAUAAAUAAAUUAAUAAAAAAAUUUGAAAAUCCUUCAAAACAUUUUUCAAUUAAAAUUUACGUUAAUUUUUCCUUUUAAAAUUAGGACAGAAUUUUUGCUCCAAAUUAAAAGGGAAGCUAUGUUUAUAUAUUUGGAGGCAAAACAGAGUCUGGAAUAAUAAAUGAUUUAUGGCUAUAUAAUACAGGGACCAAUACUUUUACACUAGUAUAUGAGGCAAAAUCUGGAGCUAACCCAUAUCCAGUUUAUGGGCAUAUGUGCGAAUUAAGUUCUGAUAUCUAUUAAUUAAAAUGGCAGCAAGUAUUCUUGGCCCAAUUCAGAUAUAAGGCUAAGAGAACCAAAAGAAUUUAAGCCGAUAAUCAAGUGCAUCCUUCCUCAGAAUAUAUGCAUCCGGGUAGAUUUGGCAUCUUUUCUCUUGAAAAUAUAGGUGCCCAUUGGGAACCUUGCUCAUUCCUAGUCAAAAAGAUGCACUUUUGGCAAGGCUAUAGAAAAGCAAUCUUUUUUCUGAGACUGCCAAAAGAAGACACUUCAGCAUUCUAAUAGACUCCAAGAAGUUAAUUCUUGGAAUUAUGCGCUAUAGAAGUUUCCUAUGUUUGGCGCUGUAAGGCGGAUAAAUUCUGAUCGGAAUUUAUCGGUAGGUUGCACCAAAUCAAUGCCUUGGUCGGACCAAAAGCGAUUUGGUCCGACGAACUUGGAAAGCUCCUGGGAAAAUGUCUGCGCUUUUAGCGCUAUAUAGAGGAAACCUCUAUACUUCUAUUGCUCUCUAUAGGAAUCCAGAAAUCCAUAAGCAGCCUAUUCAAGACUGAAACCUCAAGGCAAUAGAAGAUGGACUUCACACCUUGCAGUUAGACCUACUGAGCAGUUGGCUACAAAGCCGAAGAAUUUUUCAUAUGGGAGAUCUUUUGUAAUCGUCACCAAUAUGGCUAGCGACUGUCUUCAAUCCUAAUCCUAAUCUAAAAUUUCUGAUAUCUAUGGAAAUGUUCUUUUUUACACAAUGCUAGGAUCGACUGAUGGAGAUAUGCCGCUUGGGAGUGUUGAUGUUUUUAACAUGACUUCAAAAAAGUGAAUAAAUUUGCAUUAUGAUGCAGGGGGGAGCAACGCAAGAGCUAAUGCAGCUGUUCUGCUUAAUAAAAAAAAUGAAGUAGGUGUAAUUGGAGGACAAGCCUGAGGAACAGAUCCCAAAAACAGCAUUUAUGUUCUGGACCUCAAUACUGACACAAUCACAUCUCAAAACAGUUUAGAAGAUUAUUUUUAUUCAUUUGCUUGAGCCUAUUACAAAACAAGUUUCUAUAUUCAGGGAGGCGGUUCGGCAUCUGGAAAAGCUAUGAGAGCUUUUUUAGGUAAAAACACUUUAAUAAAAGUUGAACUUGCUUGUGAUCAAUCUACAAAUUCAUCAUGUGGGUGAGCUUGCAGCCCAGGGACAUAUCUAAAAGAUAAUGAGUGCAUUCCAUGCCCUAAAGGACAAUAUAAUUCUUUUUAUGGAGCUACUAGUUGCAGCCUCUGCCCGUCAGGGACUUUCAACGGUAAUAUCGGAGCAAAUACUGCUUACCAAUGCCUACCAUGUGAGUCAGGCUAUUAUAACCCUUUCAAUGGUUCAGCUUCUUGCAGAGAGUGCCCUAUAAACAGAUAUUGCCCUGCAGGAAGUGUCCAACCAUUAAAAAAAGAUAUAAUUGCGUCAUACUUAUCAAUCCAGCCAUCCAUGUUUCCCGCCUCAAGUUAUAAUAAAGAUGCAGAUGAUAUUGUCAAUGAUAUGCUGAUUGCAGUUGGGUCAGCUUUAUUCGUCACUUUUAUCUUAUUAUUAUGCAUAAAGUCACUAGCUCCGCUCUCACAUCUUCAAGCGAACAAAAAAUUUUGUUCGCUCACAAGGAUUAAUUUUUUUUUGUAAAAUUGUUUUUUUAAAAUUUAAAAAAAAAUUCUAAUUUGUAAAAAUUGAGAAGUAAAAAUUAAUUUAAUUUAUAAAAUUUAUGUUUAAAAUGCAAUUUGUUUAAAAUUAAACAGAAUUAGCUCGAGAUUUCAUUAUACUAAUUAUCACUUAAAUAUCAAAUUUUUUUUUUCAUUCAAACUUUUUCUAUAAAAAUAAUAUUUGUUCGCUCAUGGAGGGGGAGUAAGAAACAAGCUCCAUGAGAUUGAUCUUUAUGAAGAUGACCACAACUACAAACUGCUCGAAAAUAUGGUAAGAAGGAACACAUAUAUAGGAGGACUAUUCUCAAUUAUAUUUAUGGCAGCAGCAGUAAUCCUGAUAUAAACUCAUUCAUGCUAGUGGAUUGCUACAGACAACCGGGGGUUAGUUUCGCCAAAAAUGUUGGUGAAGCCAAUCCUUGAAAUGGCAAGCCUACAAAAUAUUGCAGAUUUAUCAUUUCAAGGGUUAGUUUUACCCACCCCACGAUCGUUUCAGGUAACUUCGGGAUCAUUUCGAUCCACUAGUGUGCAUAUGUUAUAUGCGAAAGUAUCAUUGUUUUUAUUAAAAAUAAUGUCUAUGAAAGCAAAUCUCUUGUACCCUUAGUAGCCUUGGAAAGCGAAUUGAUUGAUUUUCCAGCAUCUGUGACAAUUGAAACAAUUUUAUAUAGAUAUGGAGGUGAGUGCGUAGCUGGCGAUAAAUGCGACUCAUCUAUUUAUCAAUCGUUUUAUUAUGUUUCAUAUAGCUCAAUGGAUGUCAAUUGUAAAAAAAUUCAAGGUGACUGCCACAUAAAGAUUGAUCUCACUGAUUGUAUAAUAAGCACUGGAGCAUAUAUAGAAUUAGAUAUGCAAGAAAAGCAAAGCUACACUUCUGCUAUUAGUAUCAACUUAACAUCAUCUUCAUCUAUUCCAAAACAAUAUAGUGGCAUUUUCCAAUCUUUAAUUCCUGAUGAUAAUCAAAUUUUUAGAGGAUCUUCUCCAAGCAAGUUUUAUUUUUCUGUAAUUCCUUCGCUUUUUAAAUCAUAUGUGUCAGAUUGCUGUGCAUAAUUUUCUUCUGGAAUAAUUGCUCACCCAUAGAGUGCGUAGGCUUGGGAUUUUCUGCAACUUAUUUCUUCACAAAAUUCACUUCCAUUUCGGAUUCUUCUGCCUCGAGUCUCUUCAAAACUCGGCCUUGGGCGUGAAGCUGCAUAAAGUCCAGUGCCUGCUCAUCCCAACAAAUUACACAUCGUAGCAAGGUAUUACAACAGGCGAAAGUCUUCGCCAUUUUCUUUUUGGGGCAAAAAACCUUCCGGAAGGCGCCAAAUGUCUCACUAUCAAAAAAUUUCGACCAAAUUUUCCUGACUCCCCCCCCCCCCCCCGUGAGCGAACAAAACCAUUAGAAAAAUCGCCAUUUUUUUGACCAAAAACCCACCCUCCGUGAGUGAACAAAAAUUUUUUUAAUAGAAAAAAUUUUAAUGGAAAAAAAAUUUUGAUAUAUAAGUGAUAAUUAGUAUAAUGAAAUCUAGAGCUAAUUUCUGUUUAAAUUUUAAACAAAUUGCGUUUUAAAACAUAAAUUUUGCAAAUUAAAUUAAUAUUUGCUUCCCAAAUUUUUGCAAAUUAGGAUUUUUUUAAAUUUCGAAAAAAAUAUUUUUUAUAAAAUUUAUAUAUAAAUUUUUUUUAAAAAAAAAAAUUAACCCCCCUCCGUGAGCGAACAAAAUUUUUUUGUUCGCUCACGGAGGGGGGGGGGGGGGAGUGAGGAAAAUGUCGUGCUCGAAAAAAAGUCCUCAAUCAAAUGCCAUAUAGCCAUCAGAUUGGCCUGAUAAAUUGACAGGAUAUCAUAUUUCUUAUAAUACUCCUCCUACAGCGGGAUCUCAAUAUACUGUAGAAAAGUAAUUUUAAUAUAGUCUGCCAUUUACAUCGAACUUAAAACUUGAAAUUAUUUUGACUAGAAGUUUAAAUAGUGUAUAUACACAGAGAUUUGCAAAGCAAACAUGAUUAACAGUGCUUACCCUCCUGUUUAAAAUGAUUAUUUUUUUAAAACUAAUAUAAAAAUAUUAGUGAAAAAUCAAUUAAUAAAAUUUGAUCAAAUAUAUUCGCAUAAUCUAAGGGCAGCAUCAUUAAAUGUGAGUGUAAUUUAAUUUUUUCUAAUUCUAUUAUUUAUCAUUUUACUAUAAAAUUUCUAGAAAACUAUAUUUUGCUUUGGGUUAAUUUCUGCAAAAAUUUAUCUAGACUUUGUUUUAAUCUAAUAGAAAGGAUAUAGUGCUUUAUUGGGAUCUGUAUUUGGAGCCAUGGGUGCUCUAGGAGGAAUAAUGAAGACUUCUGAAAAAAAUUUCAAUUCAAUGAAAGCAUCAAGAAAAAAUAGAAAAAAACGAAAGAAUAUAGCACGAGAAAGAGAAAAAAUUGAAGAUAUGCUGAAUAUAAAUGAUAGCGAAUACACAAUAACUAAUCCAGCAAAAGCGGAUAUAACACAAGCAGAAUCAUUUGACACUGAAUUAAAAAUAUCGUCUAGAAUUAUAUAA